UUCGCUACGAAAGAUAGAAGUGAGAUUUUAUUUGCAGUGACCAUACAGCCAUCGUUCCGUUGCUGGCGCUGCGCUGGUUGAGGAAGGAGGACCAUCAUGGCCAGACCUGUUGUCGUGGUGCUGCUGCUGCUGCUGGCGGCUUGCAUCUCCCUGACCACCGCUAGACGGCGUGCAUUCCACAGAGCUCUCGGAAAAACGCACAAGAAGUCGAUUGAAAGGCAGUUUGUGACAAGUCCAGCUCCAGAUGGAGACAAGGAUGAUGACUUGGGCUUUGUUCGACUAUCUUUCCGCAAAAAACCAAAAGGGUCUCCGCAAAUCACUAUCAGACUUUCUAACGGCACCGACGUCUUUCCUCCCGGUACUGGUCAACUGUCGUCCAAAGAGGGUUUGACCAUCGACCUGCAAAAUCUUGAGACUUAAAACACAGCUGUCGACUCAAAUUGUCGCCUCAUGUGCCAGAGGGCACAGAAAUCGCUGAUCAAUUGAUUUGACAAAAACUGAUAACUAAAGCCUUGCUGCUAACAAAAGUAAAUGUAAGCAUUAGACAUUGAUGAUCCACGAACAGUAGAUUUCACUAGCGACACUUUUGCCUUGAUGAUGCUUGAUGCAGGGCUUACAAUGGAGAAAAUUAAAAAGUCGUCCAGUUGA